GGCCUACCGCCAUAGCAAGCAGCUUGUAAUUCCCGUUGAAGCCGCCAUGGUGGCACUAGCGUCGUCCUCGCCCUGGCUUCAUGUUUCGCUUCUUUGGUAGUCGCCUCUUCCCUUCAUCACGCACCGUGAUUCGUUUUCUUUCCUGAUCGCCAUCUUCCCAUCUCCCUCACGUCGCUUCAUCCUCACCACCACGCCGUCCUACCGUCAUCGGAGCCCCUCUCAUCUCCCCGCAUCUCCCGGCCCCCGCACCCCCCCCGCCAUGGACCUGCUCUUCCAGAAGUCCCUCACGGACGUCAUCAAAUCCCUCCGCUCCGCCCCUUCCCCCGCCGACGAGGCCAAGAUCCUCGCGAAAACGCUUCGCGACGUUCGCCGCGAGAUCAAGUCGUCGGAUCCGCGCAGCAAGGCGGCGGCGCUCGAGAAGCUGCUGUACCUGCACAUGCUGGGCCACGCGGGCGGCUCCCACAUCGCGUGGGCGGCCUUCCCGUCCGUGGAGGCCAUGGGGUGCCACCGCAGCUUCGCCGUCAAGUACGUCGGCUACCUCGCCGCCGCGCACUGCCUGUCCGCGGCGCCCGACGUGGCGGUGCUGGCGACGCACCAGCUGCGCAAGGACCUCACGGGCCAGCACCCGCACGACGCCUCGCUCGCGCUCUCGUGCAUCGCGUCGGCGGCGCCGGCGGGGCUGGCGGCGGAGCUGACGGCGGAGGUGGUGGCGCUGCUGAACGGCACGCGCGUGGCGGGGCGACGCAAGGCCACGCUCGCCAUGCUCAGAAUCGUGCACCAGCAGCAGCAGCAGCAGCAGAGCAGCGUGAGCGGCGGAAGCGGAAGAUUAGGAGAAGCAGACGACGACGAUCAGCUGCCUGCCCUGCUCGCGAGACUCGCCGAGCGGUUACACGACAGCGACAGAGCAGUGGUAACCGCCGUGGUGUCGCUGGUGUGCGAAUUAGUGCUGCACGAGCAACACCAGCGGAGUGUCACUGCCCCUGUUGACCCAUCUCCCAAACUGGCCACUCCGCAGCAAAACCAGCAGCAACAGCAGCAUCAGCAGCAGCGAGAAGCGCGGCCGCAAGCGCCCAAGGCGCUGCCGUCCAAGUACCUGGCGCUGGCGCCGGACCUGUUCCCGUUGCUGCAGCCAUCGUCGUCCCCCUGGCUGCUCAUCAAGCUCGUCAAGACCUUCGCCGCGCUCGCCGCUGCUGAGCCACGUGUGGCGCGCAAGGUCGCGGAACCCCUGGCCGCGCUGCUGCGCGCCACGCCCUCCAAGUCGCUGCUGCUCGAGUGCGUGCGCGCCGUCGCCCUCAGCAUGCGCCACGUGGACUCCCUGCGCCAGCUCGCCAUCCGCGUGGCGGCCACGCGCCUCGUGGCGAAUGAGCCGCUGCCUCUGGAUUCUGGUGCGGGUGGCGCGGGGGAUGGUGGGGGAGGAGGGGGUGGUGCUGGUGGCGGCAGUGCUGGCGCGGCAGCUGCAGCUGUGCUGGGAGCGCAUGACGCCAACGUGCGGCUGCUGGGGCUGCUGGCGCUCGAGAUGUUCCUCCCCCACCACGCCCGUGAGGUCCUGCGCUUCAAGGCCGCCAUCAUCGGAUCGCUGGAUGAUGCAGAUCCGGCCGUCCAGUCCGCUGCCUUGCGUCUGAUCACAUCGCUGGUCACGCGGGCGUCGCUCGUGCCCUCCGUUGCGGCCCUGCGCCAGCGCAUGGCAGGAGCAGCGGCGGCUCGCAGCCCCUUAUGUGACGAGCUGGUAACCGCGGUAUUACAGAUGUGUGGCGCUGGGGGGUUUGAGCGGGUAACGGAUUUCGUGUGGUACCUGGACGUGCUGCAGGACAUCUGCUAUGUGGCCAUCGUGGGUGGGGGCGCCUCCACUGAUAGACUCGUCAUGGGGACACACGCAGGUGCAGGCGCUGAAGCAGUGGCGGCGUCAGCAGCCAGCAGCAUGGGGGACAGUGUGUCGUCGUUGGCAGCCCUGGGCGACUCAUCGGAUGGGUUCCAUGGGUACAGUCGCUGGGUGAGCAUAGGCGCUGCCACGGCCACCGGUCUCACGCACGCCCUGUCGCCCGUUGCUGCACUGGCAGAGGCGCGGGCGGGCAGUGAGAGGGGCCGGGAGGUGGGGCGGCAUCUGGUGGCAGUGGCGCUGGGGCCUGCGGUGCCGGUGGCGGACCGCCCGCGAGUGCGCGCGGCGGCGCUGCACCUGGCUCUGCGGCUGGUGGGGGACACAGCGCUGCUGAGGACCCGCGCGGGCGGGGAGCACGUGCUGGGCUGCGCGGCGUUCCUCCUCGGAGAGUGCGCACAUGAGCUGCUGCCAGGGGGUGCCAGUGCAGGGACACGUGCGGGCAGCAGCACAACCACACUCUCAACUCCAUCAACAUCAUCAUCUUCACCACCCUUGCAAUCUGGUAGAGCCUCGCCAGCGUCCAGUUCUGAGGUAGCAGCAGGACCACCAGCAGCAGCAGCAGCAGCAGCAGCAGCAGCAUUGGUGGAAUCAUCGCUGUCGUCGCUUUUCUCCUCCCUGCUGCAGCCGAGCGUGCUGCUGCUGAGCCCUGCGCCCCAGGCCGUGUUCCUGCAAGCCGCACUCAAGGUGCUCCUCGCGCUCACACCUCAUGCCACACCCACAUGCCUGGCAGCAGCAGGGAGCAGCACGGGAGCAGGAGAAGCGGCAGGGGCUGAUGGCGGUGUUGGGCUUGCAGGGGGGGCAGGGGCGCGGUUGGCAGUGGCUGCAGCGGUGGCGGAGGCAGCAGGAGGGAGGGGCAGUAGAGUGGAGUGGUUGGUGGGCGUUCUGGAUGAGGCUCGUGAGCGGCUGCUGCCGUUCCUACAGUCACCCGACGCUGAUGUGGCGGACAGGGCGUGCAACGCGGAUGCGCUGCUGGGGCUGCUGCUGCCGCUGCUGCGAGAAGCUGCGCACACGGAGAGGCAGGGCGGGCAGGGGGGUGCAGAGCGAGGAGGGGUUAGGGGCGAAGAUGUAUGGGGGGGAGCAGCUAGGGAGGCGAAGGCUGGGGAUGUGGGAGAAGGGGUUUCUGAUGUGAAUGAAUGGCAGAGGCAGCAGCAGUUGGAGCAGCAGUUGCUGAUGCUGCACACUUUGGCUUCACUCUUCCCUGCUGCCCAGGCCAAUCCAGCCGACGCCCCCUCACCUUCCCCUCCUCUCGCUCCCGCACCUCUUACAUCGAAAGGCAUGGCAGUGGGCGCAGCAGGCAGGCAGCAGCUGCUGCGAGUUGUGGAAAGUGCAGCGGUGGCGAUGGGAGUAGGCCCUCCUGGUGCUACCACUCAUGGCAGCAGUGAUCGUGGUGCUGCUACCUAUGGUGCUUCCGCUGACUCUGUCUUGGCGUGGCUGGACGCCUUUGGCCAGUCGUCUCACAGCGAGUGGGAUUCGGGCAUCCUCUUCGUGCGCUCGCUCCCAUCGCGCCUCCUCGCCACGCCCUCCACGGUCUCAUCAUCCACCAUGGCAGCAGCAGCAGGGGGCGUGGCGCCACAUGGGAGUGUGGGGCAUGCAACGCCUGGUCAGUUGAUGGGUGGAGGAGGAGCGGUUGGAGGGGGAGGUGUGGGUGGAGCAGCACCUGCCACACAGCAGGUGGGUGGAGGGAUGGAUGGGGGCACGGAGGAGUGGCGCAAGCGCAACAGCCUCUUCUACCUGCCGUCAGAUGGCACGGCCAGGGGGGAUGCGAGAGGCAAGCAGGUGGCGGGUGGGGAGGGAGAGAGCAGAGACAGGGCAGCGGGUGGAGGAUGGGGCGCCCCAUCAGCAGCGUCAAGUGCAUUGAGGGGAGGGGACUUCCCAGCAGCCGUGGGACACUAUGACUAUCCUCCUGCGGUUGGGGAUGAGGCAGUUGCAGAGUUCUUGCCGUCCAGGGGGUCAGGAGGUGGGAGCAAGCGGGCACCACUGCUGUGUGGCUUGCUGGAAGAGGAGCCCUCAAACGGUGGCUCUGUGGCACUGUGAGCCGGUGACACAUUUUGUGUAAUUGAAUGAUGUUUUUGGAGAAGAGUUUGCACGGAGUACAAGUAGUGACGUCUUGAUCCCAAGUGAGCUGAGCAUUACUGCAGAUAGAAAAUGACAUGAGCAUCAGCA